CAGACAAAAAGAAAGAGAAAUGCAUACAUUAAAAAAAAAACAAUUUUCCCAAGAAAAUUCAUGAUAAACGAAAACAAUAUAUAUAUAAUGUUACUAAAUUAGAUUUCUGAUACAAAUUGUCCGGGAAUGGAAACAAUAAAAAAGAUGUGAAAGUUGGAGAAAAUUCAGGAAAUUACGUAAAUAGUUUUUGUUUUAUCUUUUAAAACAGUUGCAUAAUUAAGAAGAACUUUUCUUUUUUUGGGAUUUAUGAUAUCUCCCUCCUCUCUGUCAAACCUUUAAAACACUCUUUUUAUUGGUCACACAACCUAUCCAGCGAUUCUUGUCUGCAACGUCAAAAGAGGGAAAAUCCUUAACAGUCUUUUUAAAUCCAACUCGCCAAGAAUUGACAUGUACAACAUAAAAAUUGCAACGGUGUGAUGAUGUUUUCUUUUCAGUAAGAAACCAGGAUUCAAACUAAUCAUCACGCAUUGCAAAACUGCAACAUCUGAAUAUAGGAGCGGCGUUUGCUGCGCCUAGGAGGAGGGAAUUGUGGAACGUUCUGGAAUCAAAGACAGGAGAAGAUGUCAAAGCCUCCCUCCUAAAUGAAUCAGCACGAAACUCCUUCGGUGUCUUCGCCUAGGCAGAGGGACAACAAUAAAACAAUGACGCCUGAGAUUGAUGAUAUAGAGAAAGCAGCACACACGAUCACACGUCUCAUUGAGCAACUUCAUGCCAAGAAAUCAACGGCGCAAGAGAAAGAGCUCAGCAGCGCUCGUCUUCUCGGUCUAGCAAAAGGUAAAAAAGAGUGUAGAAAGAUAAUUGGACGAAACGUGAACGCCAUGCCAUCCUUCAUAUCACUUGUCAGGAACGGAACCCCUUUGGCAAAACUCAAUUCCGCCUCAAUCUUGACCGUUCUAUGCAAAGACGAAAACAUGCGUUCUAAACUACUAAUAGGAGGAUGUAUCCCGCCGCUGUUGUCACUCUUGAAAUCUGACUCUGUGGACGCAAGAAGAGCUGCGGCGGAGGCCAUAUAUGAAGUUUCUUUGUGUGGAAUAGAUGAUGAUGAUGAUAUUGUUGGUACUAAGAUAUUUGUCACGGAAGGCGUCGUACCGAGUUUAUGGGAUCAGUUAAAGAUGAAAAAGAAGCAGGACCAAACAGUUGAAGGAUAUUUGGUUGGAGCUUUGAGAAAUCUAUGCGGCGAUAGAGACUGUUUCUGGACAGUAACGCUAGAAGAUGGCGGAGUCGACAUCAUCUUAAAGCUUCUGCAAUCUAGUAACGCGGUAUCUCAAUCAAACGCGGCUUCUCUCUUAGCUCGUCUCAUUAGGACUUUUCCUUUUAGCGUGUCAAAAAUAGUUGAGUCAGGUGCUGUGCAAGUUCUGGCUCAGCUUCUAGGUGAUGAAAUCAACCUUGUCGUUCGUGCCAGUGUAGUCAAUGCUCUAGAAGCCAUCACAUCGAAGUCAGAAGAAGCUAAGAAUGUGGCUAGAGAUUUGGAUGGGAUCCACCUUCUGAUUAGCGCAGUGGUUACUUCGCCGGUAGAUGAAGAAAAUGAACGUGUCUUACAGAGUUAUGGAACACAAGCUUUAGCAAACUUAUGCGGAGGAAUGUCUGCUUUGAUAGUGUACCUUGGAGGUCUAUCAUUGUCUCCACGCCUCACUGAGCCAAUCGCUGACAUUCUUGGAGCUCUUGCUUAUGCUCUGAGGAAGUUUCAGCCAAGUAGUCACGAUGAUAAAGUAACAUUGGAUCUAACACUAACAGAAGGAGUACUAGUGAAACUACUGAAGCCCCGAGAUACUCAAUUAAUCCAAGAACGUAUCUUGGAAGCUAUGUCAAGUCUAUAUGGAAAUGUUGAUGUAUCACAAUCACUCAAUAAUGUGGACACUAAGAGGGUUUUAGUUGGGCUAACAAUCUUGGCCACGGGCCAUCCACGUGAACGGAUGAUAACUUGUUUGUCAAAUUUAUGCAAAUAUGAGAAUGUCUGGGAAGCUAUUGGGAAGAGAGAAGGGAUUCAAAUCCUCAUACCGUUUCUUGGGUUGUCCAGCGAACUUCAUCAAGAACUGUCAGUUGAGUUUUUAGCGAUCUUGACUGACAAGGUGGAAGAAAGUAGAUGGGCUGUUACUUCGGCAGGCGGGAUUCCUCCAUUACUGCAGAUACUAGAGACUGGUGUAUCGCACAAGGCAAAGGACGACGCGGUCCGUGUCCUUUGGAACCUGUGUUGUCACAGCGAGGAAAUACGUCUUUGCGUUGAGAAAGCAGGAGCUAUUCCUGUACUCUUGGGACUUCUACAAAACGGUGGAGCAAAAGCACAAGAGAACUCAGCGAAUACGCUUCUGAAACUGAUUAAAACAGCUGAUCCAAGUGUUAUCGAGCAAGUACAGGCUUUGUUUCUCGGAGAUGCUCCUAAAUCAAAGACUCAUUUGAUCAGAGUUCUAGGCCAUGUUCUUGCAUCGGCUUCGUUGGAGGAAUUUGUCACCAAGGGUUCUGCAGCUAAUAAUGGAUUGAGGUCACUUGUCCAAAGACUUGCCUCAUCCAACGAGAAGAUGAAAGAGAACGCAGCUUCUGUCUUGGCUGAUUUAUUCAGUUCAAGAAAAGACCUUUGUGGUGGUCUUGGAUUUGAUGAGAAUGAUAGUCCAUGCACAAAGCUUUUAAGCGGAAACACUCACGCCGUUGCAACGCAACUAGCCCACGCCAUUGGUUCUCUAUCCAAUCCAACAAAGAAAAAGAUUGUACAAAAGAAGUUAUCCGGUCCAGAAGUCGAAGUGAUCAGACCAUUGAUAAAGUCAGCAAAAACAAACCCGAUCGAGUCAGCAGAGAACCCCAUGUCCACUCUUGCCAACCUUCUUUCCGACCCAAAUAUUGCAGCCGAGGCAUUAGCUGAUGAUGUUGUUUCUGCUUUGACAAGAAUAUUAACAGAAGGAACAGUACAAGGGAAGAGAAAUGCUUCACAAGCUCUACAUCAUUUACUUGAGCAUUUCCAGGUUAACGAUGUGUAUAAAGGAAAUGAUCAGUGUCUUCCUGAACUCAUUGAGCUCUUAAACGCUACUGACCUUAACAACAGCGCCUUUAUAGAUGUUUUGGAAGUACUCUCUUUGCUGGCUAAAGCUAAGUAUGGUGCUAACUUUUCGCAUAACCCCUUUUCCGCAUUCACCGAAGCUCCUUCCAGUUUGGACUCUCUCGUCCGAUGUGUAGCUGAUGGUCAUCCUCUCGUGCAAGAUAAAGCAAUAGAUAUUUUGUCUCGCUUCUGCAAGACACAGUUUGUCGCGCUAGGUGAAGUUUUGGUCACACGAUCGAAAUCAAUUUCUUCCUUGGCUAACAGGACAACCAACUCAUCUAGUCCUGAAAUAAAAGUUGGGGGAGCUCUGUUGCUUCUAUGCGCAGCGAAGAAGGACAAAACAUUAUGCGUUGAACUAAUUGGAAGAUCAGGGCAUUCGAAAAGCUUAGUAAGCAGUCUUCUUGAUAUGUCAAAGCAGAACUCUCUAUGCUGUUCAUAUAGAGUUGAAAUUCAAAGACCAAGAUCUUUCAUCGCAAACAACUUGUGCUUAAAGAUGGGCGACUCCGACAUGGUUGAUCCAGUAACUGUCUUGGGAAGCACAAUCUCUAUGUGGUUUCUAUCCAUUUUUUGCUCUUCUCAUCCCAACAACACUCUUACUGUUAUGGAAGACAACGGACUUGAAAUUAUUGCAGAGAAGCUUCAAAGAUAUAAGUUCAACACACAGGAGGAAGUCUCGGAUUCCGAAGAAAAAUGGAUUCUUCUAUCAUUCCUAGCUGUUAUGUCUCAAGAACAAGACGUUGUUUCGUCCCCAGCAGUAUCAAAUCUUGUGCCAACUCUAGCUGUUUUCAUGCAAUCUGACCAAACGAUUGAUGGAUAUUUUACUGCACAAGUAUUGGCAGCGUUGGUUCUUAGCAGGAAUGAUAAAAGCAUUGCAGAAAUAAUGAAUUCAGAUAUCGUGGAAGCACUGAUAAACUCGGUUGGAAACACAGAAUCAGAAACAUGGAAUCUUUAUGCCUUGGCAGAAGAGCUAUCUCUAUUACAAAAGCCUUGUGAGGCCACUUUAGAGGCACUCUUCAAAGAUGAAAGACUAAGACGUGGUUCACUGACACAGAAAAGUAUCCCUUUGCUGGUGAAUCUCGUAAAACCAAAUGCAAACAAACAAACCUUGCCAGUAGUUGUUCAGCUUCUGAGUAAUAUUGCAGAGUGGGGAGAUUCAAGUAAACUACUUAUCGCUGAAGCUGGAGGUCUCAUUGCUUUAGCCGAGUACCUUUCUUCGAGUCCUCAAGAUUCGACCGAGCUCACCGUUUGUGAACUGUUAGGAUCACUCUUUCAGUGCCCGGAAAUCACACAUCACAAAACAGCUUUAAGUUCCAUGAAGCAGCUCAUAGGAAUCCUUCAUCUUGCUUGUGGAAGUACCCGCUACAGUGCCGCAAGAGCUCUCCGUGAGCUUUUUAGCUCUGAGCACAUAAGAGAUUCAGAAUCAGCAUGGAAAGCACUUUCCCCACUUGUAGAAAUGCUGAGGACUACGUUGGAGAGUGAACGAGAUAUUGCUCUAACUGCUUUGGUGAAGCUAACUAUAGCAAAAUGUCCAAGGCCAGACAUUUUUAAUUGUAUUGAAGGAAACCCAUUGGACAACAUCUACAAGAUUUUACAUUCAGAGAGCUCAUCGCUUGAAUCAAAGACAAGUGCUGCGAGGAUAUGCGCGUUUCUAUUUACCAGUGAACAUUUGAGGGAAAGCUCGUCCGCCGCAGAUUGCAUGGUACCUAUUAUAUCACUUAUCCGGUCAGGAACAAGCACUGCUGUAGAAGCUGGGAUGGUUGCAGUGAACAGACUCCUGGAUAGCAAAAGAUACACAGAGGCUGCAGAAGAACAUGAUUGUGUGAACCUGUUCUUUGGCUUUGUGGCUUCUGGAAACUAUGUAAUCAGCGAGGGUGCGAUUUCUUGUCUUGUAAAAAUGGCUAAAGACAACACUCCACGUAAAAUGGAUCUGAUUAAAAUGGGGAUAAUCGAGCAAUGCGUUGGUCAACUCUCCACACAUUCUCCAAGCUCUUUGUGUUCUGUAAUCGCAGAGCUUUUCAGAGUUUUGACAAACGUUGGUGCUGUUGCUAGAAGCCAAGAGGCGAUAAAAAUGGUACAACCGGUCCUCUUGGUUUUGCGUAGAAAAGACUUGAACUUUCAAGGCCAACUCGGUGGUUUACAAGCAGUAGCAAACAUCUUGGAGAAACCCAUGCUUCUUGAAUCAAUAAACAUGGCAUCUUCAGCAAUCAUUACGCCUUUGAUACCAUUGCUAGAGUCUGAAUCAAUAACAGUUCAACACGCAGCCGCAGAGUUACUGACCUCUCUACUUGAAUCGCAACGUUUCCAAGAAGAGAUUGCGACCAAGGAUCUCAUUGUUCCUCUUGUGAAGCUUGCCGGGAUCCGAGUAAGAAAUUUACAAGAGACAGCUUUAAUGGGUUUGGAGAAAUCGUCAAUUACAUGGACUAAAGAAGUAGCUGACGCCGAAGGGAUCCAAGAGCUCUCAAAAGUUAUUAUCGACGAAGAUCCUCAGCUUCCUGUAUCUCUAUGGGAAUCAGCAGCUUUCAUAUUAAGCAAUAUUCUCAGAUUCAAUCCAGAACACUAUUACUUUACAGUACCUGUAUCAGUUCUCACAAAAAUGCUCUUCUCAACAGCCGAGAGCACAGUGAUCUUAGCCAUAGACGCAUUGAUCAUCCACGAGAAGAAAGACUCGUCAAGUGUUGUAGAAAUGUCUGAAUCUGGUGCGCUCGACGCAUUACUUGAUCUGCUAAGAUCACACCAUUGCCAAGAACUCUCUGCAAGAUUAGUCGAACUGAUAUUACGCAAUCCAAAGGUCAGGGAGACAAAACUCUGCAAGCUUGUAAUAACUCCUUUGUCAGAGUACAUACUAGACAUAGAGACAAGAUCAGAAUCCGCAAAGCUCCUAGUGGCUAUGGCUCUCAGAGACAUCUCUCAACACGAAGGAAUCGCUAAAGCCACGGACUCGGCCUUAGCGUGCCGCGCACUAAUCAGCUUGAUCGUGGAAGAACCAAGCGAAGAGAUGCAAAUGGUUGUGAUGUGUGGGUUAGGGAACUUUGCAAUGUACAGUAGAACGAGCAGAAAAGCUAUGGCAGAAGCUGGUGGUGUGGGUUUGGUUCAAGAGAUGCUUAGAUCAUCUAAUCCACAAGUUUCUACUCAAGCAGCUCUAAUGAUCAGAUCUCUCUUCUCUAAUCAUACACUUCAAGAGUAUGUCUCCUGUGAAAUCAUCAAAUCUUUAACCGCUGCGAUGGAGAGGGAGUUAUGGACGACUGCGAUGAUAAACGUGGAAGUGGUGAGAACGCUAAACGCAGUUCUGACGACGUUUCCCAAACUCCGAUCAUCGGAGGCGGCAACCGCAUGUAUCCCUCACUUAAUCGGAGCUUUGAAAUCCGGCGAUAAAGAAGCAAGAGACUCGGCGUUAGACACGAUCCACACGCUGAGACAGUCGUGGAGAACGAUGCCGACGGAGACGGCGAGGUCUCAGGCGGUUUUAGCAGCGGAGGCGAUUCCGAUGCUGCAACUGAUGAUGAAAUCGAAAUCUCCCGAGCGAAGCUUCCACGAGAGAGGGAACAGUCUCUUGAAUUGUUUGCCGGGAAGUUUAACGGUGGCAAUCAAACGCGGAGAUAAUCUGAAACGCUCUAUGGGUAACACAAACGCGUUUUGUAGCUUAAUCAUCGAUAAUUGCCCCAAAAAGAAAACCAAGGUUGUGAAACGCACCAGCUCACCGGUUUGGAAGGAAUCUUUCACAUGGGACUUUGCUGUUCCUCCUAGAAGACAGUUUCUAGAAAUCGUAUGCAAAUCAAACAACAUUUUCCGCGACAAAAUUUUGGGGAAGGUGAGGAUCCCAAUUGAUAAAGUGCUGACAGAAGGGAGUUACAGUGGAAGUUUUAGCCUAAGUGAGGAAAGCAAGAAAGAUGAUGGUUCGAACAGAAGUCUAGACGUCGAGAUUGUUUGGUCGAAUCAGACAUUUUAAUAUCCCUUUGAAGUGUUUUAAUUAUCUACGCAACUUAAAUUGUCAAUUUGUGAUUAAAUAUUUUAUGUAAAAAUAUUAAACUAUGAAAUUAUUUAAUUUGGUGAUU